CGUGGCGUCACUUCCUGAAUGCGAGGCCGCGAUUUGACACUGACAGCUGGAGCAACAAUAACAAGGAACACCAGUAAGCAAGUGAAUAAAGCUCCAGAGGACAGCACACGGAGGAGGAGCCAGUUUCUCUGAAGGAGCUAUCUGCUUACAGGGCAACUAUGAAGUCCUCCGUGCAGAAGCGGAAGCGUACAGUGAGCUGUGGAAGAGGCCUGCAGGUGGAGGAGGCCCCAGCUGCAGCGGAGGACGAGGAGACGUGGAGCGGAGCUAUGCAGCUCUCUGAAGAAGAUGGCCGGACGUUCAUGCAGGUGUUAAGUGAGAAGUACAGCCCAGAGAACUUCCCAUACCGACGCGGUCCCGGCAUGGGCGUGGUGGUUGUGCCGUCUGGGCUGGGCCCUCAGGGCUCUCCCAUGAAAGACCGCCUGAACCUGCCCAGUGUGCUGGUCCUCACUGGCUGUGGCAUUACCAGGGCUGGGGAAAGGGCAGAUAUUGCUGCCUUCUGUGCCCACGUGGUGGAGCUAGACCUGUCCCAUAACCAGCUGCAGACCUGGGAACAGGUUAGUGAGAUCAUCUCCAACAUCCCCAACCUGGACUUCCUGAACCUGAGCUCCAAUCCCCUGGGAGAGGCGGGGCUAGAGCAUCACUGUGCUGAGUCCUUCUCUCGUGUCACACGCCUCGUCCUCAACAACACACGUGUGCCAUGGGACUCUGUGCACACACUGACUCGGGAGAUGCCAGAGCUGGAGGAGCUGUUUCUUUGCCUUAACGAGUACACAAGUGUGUCGCCCUGCUCAGUGCCCUGUCCCAGUCUACGCUUGCUGCACAUCACCGACAACCGGCUGCAGGACUGGGCUGAGGUCCGUAAACUGGGCCUCAUGUUCCCAGGCCUGGAUACCCUGGUCAUGGCCAACAACAACCUGAACUCCAUCCAGGACAACAGGGACAUGCUGCCUCGCCUAUUCCCAAACCUCCGCAGCGUCAACCUUCACAACUCAGGUCUGGCCACAUGGGAUGACAUAGAGAAGCUAAACUGUUUUCCCAAACUGGAGGAGAUUCGUCUGCAGGGGAUUCCCUUACUGCAGACCUACACCAAUACAGAGCGUCGCAGCCUCAUGAUAGCACAGCUGCCGUCGGUCUCCAGUCUGAAUGGCAGUGUGGUGACAGAUGGUGAGAGGGAGGACGCUGAAAGGUUUUUUAUCCGCUACCACCUGGACUACCCACAGGAAGAGCUGCCCGAGGGGUAUCACAGACUGGUCAGUAAGUACGGCCGCUUGGAGCCUCUGGCAGAGGUGGACCUGCGUCCUCGCUGCCAAGCCCAGGUGGAGGUCCAGUGUGAGGAGCGCGUGGAGCAGGUGAGCAUCCGGCUGGACCAGACGGUUCUGGAGCUGAAGCGUCAGCUGAGGACGGUGGUGCAGAUGUCCACCAACAGCAUGAGGCUGUACUACGUGGAUAAGGAUGAGCACUGCCCUUUCGGGCCCGAGGAGAUGAAGUACAGUAGCCGGGGGCUGCACUCAUACAGCAUCCAGGAUGGGGACCAGAUCCUGGUGGUGCCCAAGAACAAGUGACCUGCACACACGCAGGGCUGUCUGGCUAGCUUGAUGCACCGCUAGCUAGCUGGAUGGAUAACUGGCUGGCAGACUUGCUGGCUGGUGGACUGGAGGAAUGGCUGGCUGGCUGGUUGGUUGAUGGAGUCCUGCUUGCUAAGUCCCCCCCCCCCUCCCUUCCGCAGCCAGACAUGGGCACUCUUAGUUAGUUAGACAUAAUAGUGCUUCACGUCACAGCAGCAUACUUCAUCACACAGUAAUGUAACACACUAAGUUAAUGCUACCAAUGUGUGUUGUAUAUAGCCCUCUACAGGCUGUACAAGUGUGUGAUGGGUCUCUCUGUAUUGAUGUUUAACCUGGCCUGAGAGCAUUCUGCCUAUUUAGGAGUGACUGAAAGGGGAAGCCAGAGCAGGCACACACACACACGCACACACACAACUACCCAGACAGUAGGAAGGAUGGAGCAGAGUGAACCAAUACAGUGAUUUGGCCUGGUGUUUUAUACAAUUGUCUUCGUUUCUGAUGAUCACCCAGGACCAUAAAGUAAUGUAUGUUCUAGUUUGUCCUCAUAAUGUAAUAAUGGCAUACUUGCUUGACCAUGGGCUAACUGAAAGUAUUAUUAAGAUGUUUAGUACAUGUUCUUUACCUGCCCUCUACUUUUGAUUUUGAUCUACUACUUUGAACUUUUGAUUUAAAGACUGCCCAUUUUUGAUCAUAUUGAUUUGUGACUCUCAAUCACACCACACCUGAAACAGAGCAGCAUGUUGCCACCUGCUGGUGUGGUACAGGCAUGGACACCAUCAAACAGUAUGAUCGUAGUGAAUCAACUUCAAGUUCAGUUCUCUUUGAUUAAUGGUGUGAUUGAUUUGCAGUCUGCAUGUAAAUUAUUAUUGUGUGUGAUAUCCUGGUGUGUAGUUGUACUGAAGAAAAACAUAAUGGAGCCUUUAUCUUUUCAUGAUGCAGUGUUCAGGUAGAGUGUGUGUGCGUGUGCUUGCGCGUGUGUGUGCAUCCUGAAACCAAUAAUAAUCGUGUGCAUUUAGACACUGCUCUAGAAUGACCACAUCCCUCGAUGUUAAUCACAUUGCACUUUGACUUAAUUUCCAAUUUUUUAUAUUUAAAUCAGAAUUUGUAUUUAUUCAUAGACAUGACCCUGACUUUGUGCGUAAAGUUAUCCUUAAGUUGUCCUGCUAGGAUAAUCAGGUUGUAUCUGCCCCUUGAUGUGGCAUUGUCAGUCACAGUUGAAUAUUCUUCUUAGGCCUUUUCUGUCUGCACAGAGACUCUUGAUUUAUGUUACAGAAGGGUGAAUUUGCUGGCAUGAGCAUCAGUGAGAGGUCUAGACCUUGGCAGCUAGUCCCUGGCCCCCUCAGCUGCCCUCCUGACCAGGCUGAAGCUGCUUCCUGCCUCCCUUGCUUUACAACUGUGCUAUCCAGAAGUGUUGACCCGUUCCACUGCAGUACAUGGAACGUGUAUAAGGCAAAUAUAUAGGUGUGGCAUUGUUCAUAUGAGUGAAAUGUAUUAAUAGUAGGUUCAUGGUAUGAUAUGUGUGGGUUUAUAUCACAGAAUGCAAUCCCAAUGGCAGAUAAAGUGUUCUGUCACGUCUAUAUUCAAUUAUAUUCACUGGAAAGAGAAAAUGUAUCAUGGAACCAAAAAAAGUAAUUUCCUGCUCCUGCGCUACUAAAAUUUGAUGUGCAAAACGUAUUUGUAAGCAGUGAUAGUUUCAGAUUCUCACAUUCCAACAGCACUGCAUUACACCACUAAUACUGCACUGCUAAAAUAAAACUCAACUUUAUAGGC